AUGAUUGGAGAGUUACUGUACACGUGUGAUUCAGGGCCUCCUUUAAGACAGCAUGGACGGGCAUGUUUGGACAUGUAUGGACGUCAGCGUGCACCUGAUUGGUCCAUUUAA